AUGUCGAAUAUUGAUGAAGAUGAAGCUCUUUUUGAAGAUCUUUAUGGUGAUGAUGAACAAACAACUUCAAACACAGAAGUAAAACCAACAGAAGAAAAAUCAGCUGAACCAACUCCAGUAGAAGAAACCCAGGAACCAGCAAAAGAGACCGAGGAAUCUGCUUCCCCUGAAGUAUCCGCUGCCCCUGAGGAAACCAAUCAACCUCAGCAAGAUGCUCAACAACCCCAAGAACCACAACCAGAACAACAGCAACAACAAACUCCACAAGCCACACCAGAUACCGUGCCUCAACCCCCACAACAAGCUACCAAUGCACCAGGUCAACAACAAUUCGAUCCUAGUCAAUUUCAAGGCUAUCAACAAUUUCCAGGUAUGCCACCAUUGCCCUCAGUUCCAGGAAUGCCACCUCAAGGUUUCCCAGGAAUGCAAGGAGGAGCAAUGCCUCCAGUUCCUCCUGCACCUCAGGUUCAACAUGAACCUUCUCAAGUAGGUAAAGAUAGCGGAAAGAUGUUCAUUGGUGGUCUUAACUGGGAUACUACUGAAGAAGGAUUAGUUGAAUACUUUUCGAAAUUCGGUGAAGUUAGUGAUUAUACGAUUAUGAAAGAUACUGCUACUGGUAGAUCAAGAGGUUUCGGUUUCUUAACUUUUAAAGAUCCUAAAUCAGUCGAUGAAGUUAUCAAAACUGAUCAUAUCUUGGAUGGUAAAUUAAUCGAUCCAAAAAGAGCUAUUGCUAGAGAAGAACAAGAUAGAAUUGGAAAAAUCUUUGUAGGUGGUAUUGACCCAAUGGUCAACGAAAAAGAAUUCUAUGAUUUCUUUGCUCAAUACGGUAGUAUCAUCGAUGCACAAUUGAUGAUAGAUAAGGAUACCGGUAGAUCAAGAGGUUUCGGAUUCAUCACAUAUGAUUCACCCGAUGCUGUUGAUAGAGUUACUGUUAAUAAGUACUUAUCUUUAAAAGGAAAAGCCAUGGAAGUAAAGCGCGCAGAACCAAGAGGUCAACAUCAACAGAAUGUAUUGAUGCAACAACAACAGCAGCAGCAGCAAAAUUACUAUAACCAAUAUGGUGGUGCAUCGUAUGGACAAAUGUAUCCUCAAGCCACUGCGGCAGCAUCAACUGGAAACAUGUAUGGUCAACAAGUCAACCCAGCUAUGAACCAAGAAUAUAUGAGAUAUUAUCAAUGGUUUAUGUAUCAACAAGCCCAACAAGCCCAGCAAGCAGCAGCAGCUACCGCAGCUGGACAAUCACCAACUAUGGCUGAAAGUCAACCCGCUCAACAACCUUUGAAUCCUCAACAACAAGCUAAUGACCCUGAGCCAGAAGCUCAACAAGACUACAAUAAUGAAGAAAGAUCAAAUCAUAAUGAUGAUUAUGACAACCCACAUCGUGAUCAAAGAAGAAUGAACGUGCCAAAGGGUCCAAGAAGGUCAUAUGGACAAUCCGGUCCAAGAGGUAGAGGUGGUUAUCAUAGAAGAGGAAGAGGCUAUCAUCCAUAUAGCAGAGGUGGUAGAAGAUAA